AUGUUUGUCUGCCUCCAACACAUCCAUGAGUCUCUGAUCCGCCUGUCCUCUGCCUCUCAGCAGCAGAGUCUGCGUCUCCCCGGCAGCACAAACGUGUCAGCUGGAGGAGUGUCGGCCCUGACUCCUCUGCCACCGGAGCUCCGCGAGCUGCUGCGGCAGCGUCUGGGGGCGCUUGAAACGCAGCUCCUCCGGAAGGUGGCUGAGCUGGAGGAGGAGAAGAGCCAGCUCUACAACGAGACGGCGGCCCACCGCCAACGCACCGAGACCGCUCUCAAUUCCCUCAUGGAGAGGAUCACGGAGCUGGAGAAAAGUAAUAAUGCCUUCAAGUCACCUGAGGACUUCAAGGUGUCCCUCCCUCUUCGUACCAAUUAUCUGUACGGGCGCAUCAAGAAGAGCCUCCCGGAGAUGUACGCCUUCACCGUCUGCAUGUGGCUCAAGUCCAGCGCCAGUCCAGGCAUCGGUACCCCAUUCUCUUAUGGCGUGCCGGGCCAGGCCAACGAGAUCGUUCUCAUCGAGUGGGGGAACAACCCUAUCGAGCUGCUCAUCAACGAUAAGGUGGCCCAGCUCCCUCUGGCAGUGAGUGAUGGGCGCUGGCACCACAUCUGCAUCACCUGGACGACCAGAGACGGCUCCUGGGAGGCUUACCAAGAUGGCGAGCGUCUCGGCACAGGAGACAACCUGGCCCCCUGGCACCCAAUUAAACCUGGAGGGGUGAUCAUCCUGGGCCAGGAACAGGACAUUGUUGGAGGCCGUUUUGAUGCGACCCAAGCCUUUGUGGGUGAGUUGAGCCAGUUCAACAUGUGGGACAGAGUACUGCGGCCCGUGGACAUCGUGGCCCUGGCGAACUGCUCGGCCUACAUGCCCGGAAACGUGGUUCCUUGGAUUGAUGCAAACGUGGAAGUGUUUGGAGGUGCGAGUAAAGCCGCUUUGGAAAUCUGCGAAGAUCGUGCUUUCGAUUCCUAGGGGGACGCCAUAAAAAGGAAUGAGUAUAGUACGGGGACCUGGAAGCUACCCUCACUGUUGCUUUUGUCAAAUCCCAAAGGCAAGGGUGGCAGUGCAGUAAGACUUGGUUUACUGGAUUUACAAAUGCACGUCUGUUUUGUUUCAACGCUGAGGACAUUCCAGGAGACUUCAAAUCAUCAGAGGAAGAAUGCAUCUGUUUGCUGCGAUGAUCAGGCCUGCUGUCAUCUUGUGCGGGUUUUUUAUUUUAUUUUAUUUUUUUUUCAGUAGCUCACCUGUCAUUUGACUUCUCUUUGAAAAUAUUUCUUGUUGGUUGCGUUUCCUACUUUGACAAUGCCGCACUGUUUUCCUUGUUAGUGUGAGCUCAAGCAGGCUUUGAUGUGCUGA